AUGAAGUACCUCGACUACCCCGUCCUCACCCAACUCAGCCAUGUGCUGUCCUCCAACCCCACCCCAGAAGCCCGCACAAACGCUCGCGUCGAGGCCUACUCGAUCAAGCCCAUCAAGGGCGACCGCAAGAUGUUCCGCGAGAUGGAGGAACAAUAUGUCAGCGGACAGGAGGACAUGGACGAAAUGAGCUUCUCGCCAGAGAUGAAGGAGGCAGGUCUGUCGUCGUGCUUUGGCCGUCUCGACGUCAAGGAGUCUCGCAAGGUCCACUUCCUCCUUGUUAACACGCUCAACUCGGCCUUUUCUGGCUACGACUUCUCGGCGCUCCGCCCAGACCACUUCACGCGCGAGAUAAGCGCUGCACAAGUCCUGUCCCACUUGAGCUCCAACCUGCUCGCUAUCGACGGCCUCGACCUCUCUCCGCUCGCUAUCGCAUCGCCGCACCCGUCAGGAUCGUCCCCCAGUUUCUCCCCCUCCCUGGGUUCGUCACCCAAAGCUGCCGAGGUCGGCAACCCCAGCCUCUUCCGCAUCCUCAAUGAAGUCGUGCCCCUCCACGAAUGCGAGGUCUACUCGUGGUACCCCGAGCCCGAGUACGACCCGCAUGUCGAGCCGGAGGAGAACGAAGAGGCGAGCGAGUAUGACGAGGAGGACAGCGAAGACUUUAUGGCUCUGGACGACGAUCCAAUGGACAUCGACGACGGCCCGAUCAGCUGGGGCCAGGCCGGCAUGGAGCUCGAGCUCGACGAUGUGCCCGAGACGUCUGUGCUGCCGAACCCCACGCGCUCGGUCCGCUCCAUGUCGCUGAGCUCGGCAAUCGACUACGCCGACCUGGCCAUGUUCAGCCCGACGCUCGGCGCCAUCUCCGACAGCGGCCGCGCACGCAAAGUCGGCGGGCUGUUAUGGAGCGCCAACUACUUCUUCUACAGCAAGCGCCAAAAACGCGUGCUCUUAAUCACGGCAUGGUGCCGCAAACGCCCGUCGCACGACGACGUGCCCCCCACCGACCACUUCGAGUCUGGGAGCAUGCCCCUCCCCCUCUCGGCGUCGUUCACGCCCUCGACGGCGUACCAGCUUGCGCAGAAGACGAGCGCGCGCACCCGCGUCAGCCACCACAACUUGAGCAACGCGCGCCCCAACCAACGCCGCAAGCUCGCCAAGCUCGCGACGGGCCGCACCCUCGCCACGCAGACGAUACCUAUACGCACGGCGCCGGCGCCGGCGGUGCGCGUGGCGAGCUCGGCGCCCGCCGCGCCACUCCCGAUUGCGCAGCCGAAUUUCCGCGCACACGCACACCCCAUCAAGCCGCGGCAGACGAGCGCGCGGCUCAUGGUCAACGCGGGGGCGGGUGGGAGCGGGAGCGGGGGUGGAAGCGGGAGCGGGGUGGCCGGACCGGGGAGUGCGCGCGCUGGCGCAAGCGUGAGCAAAGCCGCGCCGACGACUGCGCACGUCGCAGACAGCGCGGAAGGCGAGAGCUCGCGCGUGCGCAAAGAGCGCAGCGGGAGCCUCACCCCCGGCCCGCUGCUAGUAGUAGGCGACGCGAGCAAGCGCGUCAAGGUGUGA